ACAUGAAGAUACUGAGACACAAACAGACCUGAUGCUGCUGAAAAAGGAAAGUCAAGAACUCAAUGAAGUUGAAGAGAAAAAUCAGUGUGAGAUGCGCCUUGAUUUCAUGACGGGUGAAAAACCCAGACAGACUGAAAAGAUUUCCUCACGAAAAAGAGCUCAGAAGACCAAACCUAACAGUUCUAAUCGAACACGAAAACAAAACCUUGAAAUCCACAAGAGUGUUCACGCUGGAGAGAAGAUGUUUAUAUGUGAUCAGUGUGGAAAGAGUUUCUCAGACAUGAAAUGCCUUCAAAUGCAUGUAAUAAGUCACUCCGUAGAGAAACCUUUCAUGUGCCACCAGUGUGGAAAGACUUUCCAAUUCAAUAAAUACCUUAAAGCUCACAUGAGAGUUCACACAGAAGAGAGGCCUUUCACCUGCAAACAGUGUGGAAAGAGUUUCUCUCAAAAAGUAAAUCUGAACACUCACUUGAAAGUUCACACUGGAGAGAAGUCGUUCACAUGUGAUCAGUGUGGAAAGAGUUUCAGUCGUAAAGGAGCCCUUGAUACUCACAUGAGAAUUCACACUGGAGAGAGACCUUACAACUGCAAAGUGUGUGGGAAGAGUUUCUCAUUAAAAGGAAAUCUUAAGAUUCACAUAAGAAGUCACACUGGAGAGAAACCCUUUAUAUGUGAUCAGUGUGGAAAGAGUUUCAGAUGUAAAGAAUCACUUAAUUGCCACAUGAAUAUUCACUCAAGGGAAAACUGUUUUAUAUGUCAUCAGUGUGGAAGGAGAUUUACAGACAGAAAUGAUCUUAAGAUUCAUGUAACGAGUCACACUGGAGAGGAGCCUAACAUGUGCCAUCACUGUGGAAAGAGUUUCGCAAAGCAAGCAUACCUUAAGAAUCACAUUAGAGUUCACACUGGAGAGAAACCUUUCACCUGCAAACAGUGUGGAAAGAGUUUCACCGUUAAAGUAAACCUUGAGACUCACAUGAGAGUUCACUCUAGAGAGAAGCCAUUCACCUGCCAUCAUUGUGGAAACAGUUUCCGAUUUAAAGGAAACUUUAACAGUCAUAUGAGGUUUCAUUUGUAAAAUUUAUACUGCCGUCACACUUAGAGAUGCAUCUGCAAAGUCGUGCUUGUGAGACCCUAUUUUGUGUUCUGUGUGUGGAAGGAGUUUUAAAUGACAAAAUUAGUAGUGAUUGCAAGACCUUAAUUGUGUCAGAUAAGAAUAAGGGAGACAUACAAAAUGUGCAGUGCAUGGGGUCCUCCAGAACAGGUUUGAAAACCCCUCA